AACAGUUUGCAAGGGGUCGUUAAAGAAGAUUAAGCCGGUAACAAAAUAUCGUUUUUUAGCUACUUUAAGUUUACCUUUCAAUGCUCCAGUUUUGAUUACUGAGCAUACAAAUCUUCAAUUAAGACCAUGGUGACAAAAUAAAAAGUGUACAAGGACGUUUUCGAGGAGAUUUUAAGCUUUCUCUGUCGGUUGUUGGUGUUCAGGAAUUAGCAAGCUAGUUAGCGCUAGCCUAGAAAUACUAGCUAGCCUAGCUUGCUAACGUUAGCUUCCAAUAGUCUGAUUAUCAACUGAGAUGUUUGCAGCAUUUCUCGGAUGUCUACGGACGGCAGAUUGCUGAACCAGAGGGCCUCAAAUGGGAAAAACAAGCAUCGGACAGGAAUAUCGGGGAUAAACUUGUCGACGUAACUCCGAUUCUGUUGAAGGAUUCUUUGGACUUCUCUACUGCAGCCCUUUUAAAGCAGGAUUUUAACGUCACCCAUCCGCGGACAGCCAUGGAAUCGUUUCAAUGCACCCCUUGUCCUGUGAGCGCCCAGGCUGUCGUGGAUCCCGUGCCCCUGCUGUUCAACUGACGGUCGAUGACGAUGCGAUGGAAGCGUGAAUGAGGUUUGGCGUGGCGAUAGCUGAACGAUGCCCAAGGGUGGGGGUUCAAAAACCCCCCAGCUGGAAGACUUCCCACUCAACACUGACAUGGUGGAGAAGCAGGUUGGGAAGAAGGAUAAAGUAUUGUCGAACAAGACUCCUAAAUUGGACCGCAGCGAUGGCGUCAAAGAGAUGAAAGAGAAGGCAUCCAAGAGGAAGCUUCCCUUCACUGUUGGAGCCAAUGGAGACCAGAAAGAUUCUGACUCAGAAAAGCAAGGUCCGGAACGGAAGCGCAUUAAAAAGGAGCCCACCAACACCAGGAAGUCAGGCCUGCCGUUUGGGAUGGGCAUGCCAGGGAUCCGGGCCGGGUACCCCCUCUCUGAGCGGCAGCAGGUGGCUCUUCUCAUGCAGAUGACGGCUGAAGAGUCAGUCAACAGUCCAGACACAACACCAAAGCAUCAGUCACAGUCAAGUCUGGGCCAGAAGGGAACGCCAAACUCCGCAUCUAAAACCAAAGACAAAGUAAAUAAGAGAAAUGAGAGGGGCGAGACGAGGCUGCACCGGUCAGCCAUCCGCGGAGAGGCACGCCGCAUCAAGGAGCUCAUCAGUGAGGGAGCUGACGUGAAUGUAAAAGACUUUGCAGGCUGGACUGCAUUGCAUGAAGCGUGCAACCGAGGCUACUACGACGUGGCCAAGCAGCUGCUGGCAGCCGGUGCAGAGGUCAACACCAAGGGCCUGGAUGACGACACCCCUCUGCAUGACGCAUCAAACAACGGGCACUUCAAGGUGGUAAAGUUGCUUUUAAGGUAUGGAGGGGACCCUCGACAAAGCAACAGAAGGGGUGAAACCGCGUUGAAGGUUGCUAACUCCCCAACGAUGCUCAAUCUGUUGCUUGGAAAAGGCACGUAUACCUCCAGUGAGGAGAGCUCGUCAGAAUCCUCAGAGGAAGAAGAUGCCCCAUCGUUUGCCCCAUCCAGUUCUGUUGAUGGAAAUAACACAGACUCCGAGUUUGAGAAGGGCCUGAAGCUGAAAGGGAAGAAAGGGCUGGAUCAGCCUCUAUCCACAACAACUACCCCCGUCAAGGACGAGUAUGAGUUUGACGAGGAUGAUGAGGAAGAGCGCGUCCCUCCGGUGGACGACAAGCACUUGCUCAAGAAAGAGUUCCGCAAGGAGUCUCCCAGUGUCACUAAGGCUAGCGGCUUAAUUUCAGUACCGAAGGGGGAGGUGGUCAAAACCUAUUCCAAAAGCAACUCGCUCACACCAAAGAAGGCUGUUAGACGGAUUCUCUCUGACAGCUCAGACGAGGAUGAUGGAACGUUGUGUUUCACACCUAUGCCCACACCACGGCAACCAGCGCCACCUACUAAUACCAAGGCCCGGGACUCUGCUACACUGAGCACUAAGCAGCAGAAAGAGAAGACUAAAGUUAAGAAGAAGAGGAAGAAAGAGACAAAAAAUGUCAGUAAGGAGGUCAGAUUUGGUAAAGUCAAUGACAAAUUCUGCACUUCUGACUCUGAUUGUGGAGACAUAGGGAGUGAGGAUGAUGAAGGCUCUAUGAAGAGCUCGAACUGUAUAAAGGACUCCACAAUGAGCCUAAAAGAAUCCUCUGCGUUCAGUACUCACUCUGCGUCCUCUUCUUCCUCUUCUCAUGGAAGCAUGAGCUCUCAGAAACUGACACCCUCGCUGACAGAGCAUAACCCAAAGCAGUGGAGGACAGAUGGCUGGAAGACUGUGUCAUCUCCUGUAUGGUCAGAUGUAAGCUCUCUCUCUGACUCGGUUAGAACAAGGCUUUCCAGUGAGUCGGACUACUCCUCUGCAGACUCAAGUGUCGAGUCAGUGAAACAGGUGAGAAAGAAAGCACAGGAGAACAGAAAGAAAAACAAUGUGCACACCAAUGCACUAGACAAAAAGAACUCUGACUUUCACAAGAACUCCAACACUGACAGUACUGUCUCCAAAACGGAUAAAGAUGGCAAAGUGUUGAAAAAGCAUAAAGUAAAACACAAGCACAAAAACAAAGAGAAAGAAAAGGCUCCCAGUUUAGUGCUCAAUCAAGACAUGAACGAGAAAUUUGUUAAAAGCUUCUCAUUUGAUUUUGAUGAUUCAAGGCAGAAGUCACUCCUUGUUGAGACUGAGUCCCCAGCUGAAAGCAAGGUCAAGCUGUCUAAACAUGAAAAAGAGCAUUUGAAAAAGGAGGACAGGUUGUCGAAGGGCAAAUCUGAGGACAGAGACUGGUCUUCUGGAAAAGAGGUGCAAAGAACUGCUAAGGAGGAGAAAUCCAAGAAAACAAAAGAGUCCACCAAGGAGAAGCCUAGCAAGGAGGAGAGGGAAAAGCCCUUGAAAACUGAAAAAGAAAGGAGCCUCAAGGAAAAAGAGAAGCCCAAGGAGGAGAAACAACAAAAGACUCAUAAAGAGGAGAAGAAGAAAAAGUCAAAGGACAAGUCAUCUAAACCAGACAGGAAGAGCAGUGAGCAAAAAGAAGAAAAACAUAUUAAGGUGGAUAAGGAGAAAAAUGCCAGGGAGGAGAAGGAAAAAUCGAAGAAAGAAAAGGUUCUGAAGGAAGAGCCUGAUUAUGAAGUCUAUGAUGUCAGUAACCGUUUCUUAAACCUAGAAGACACCAAGCUCAGUGCCUCAGACGACCACCAUGACCGAUGGGCGUCAGACCUUUCCUCUGACUGCGACCUAUAUGGAGAUGACAGCUGGGACGCUCCUCCUGUGAAGGACUACAAAGAAUAUAAAGCAAGCAACACUGUAAAGCUGAUCGUUGAGACUGACAAAAUAGAGAGCAGAGACCGGAGGAAGGACAACAAAAUCAAAGACAAGAAAUUAGAUCAUAAUGACAAACGGUCAGAGAAAGAGCCUACCUCCAAGAAGAAAGAGAAAGACUCUUCAGAAAAAAUCUGUGACAAGAAAAAGGAUUUGACCGAAAAACAGAAACUCAACUCCAGCCACUCGGUAGAAAAGGAGAAGAAGCGAAAGGAAUCUGCAGAUACUGUCAAAGAGAAGAAAGAGAAGGACUCCACGGACAGCAGUAGAGACCGAAAAGAUUCCUAUGAGUUCACUAAAGAAAGAAAGGACUUGAAAAUCAAACAGGAGUCCAUAAGAGACGAUUAUGGGAACGAUGCCUCCAUCAAAGAAAUUGAAACUGUCAGCAAACCAUGUGAAAUUAGAGAGAGGAACCACUCUGGAAAAGAGAAGGAGAGAAAGGGAGAUGUGGUGGAAAAGAGAGAAAAGACAAAAGCUGACAAACACAAGGAAAAGCCUAAAGACCGAUCCAUAGAACAGGAUAAGGAGAAGCCUGAGAAGACCUCAACUGAGAAGCUUUUGAAAGAAAAAGACACAGAUAGAGGCUCUAAAGACAAGAAGGAGGGUGCUAAAGACAAACACAAAGACACACACAGCAAAGACAAGGACAGGAAGAUGUCUUCAGAACAAACUAAGGACAAGAAAGAAAAGGCUUCACAGGACAAGCAUGCUGACCGGGAUAAAGAUGUCCUUGAGGUGAAGAAGGAGGAUAGAAAACCUGAGAAAGUUAAACCUGAGAAAACAUGGUACAAGAUAGCAGACAUUUUCACAGAUGAAAGUGAGGAUGAAGAAGACAAUUACAAUGGGGGUGUGGCCAAGUUAAGUGAUUCCCUUGGAUUGUCCGAUUCUCACAGGAAAGACUCCACAUCUGACAGGGAUGAGCUUGAUCACUUCCAAACGGAAAAACCCAGAAAAUAUUCUGCUGAGGCCAAACACACAACAGAAAAACAGAAAGAAAAAGACCACAAGAAAAAAGACAAGACCACAUUUGAUAUGGGGAAAGAGAGGAAGGGUUCCUUAGAGAAACACAACAAAGAUAAGAAAGAUAAGGAUUCUGUUGAUGCAAAACACAAGGAACGCAAAGAUAGAAUGUCUGUGGACUCAAACCAAGAGAAGAAAAACAAACAGAAGCUGUUGGACAAGAGGGACGCCAAUGAGGAUAAGACCAAGAGUAAAUAUAAAGACAAGCAAGAUCAUGUUAAUGACAGAAAGCCCUCAAAGGGGAGUGGGGAAAAUGAAAAGUCGCUCUUGGAGAAGCUGGAGGAAGAGGCCAUGAAUGACUACAAGGAUGACUCCAAUGACAAGAACAGUGAGUUAUCCUCAGACAGCUUCACUGAUCAGGGUCAUGAGCCAGUGCUCAGCAGCUACUAUGAUUCCUCCAACAUCAGCCUUCCAGACAUUACUGAUGAGAGACGAGACUCACUCUCCAUAUCUAAUCCUCAAGACAAGUUCAGAGAGAAAGAGAGGCACCGGCAUUCAUCUUCAUCAUCGUCCAAAAAGAGUCAUGACAAGGAGAAGGACAAAGUCAAGAAGGAAAAGGGGGAUAAACAAGACAAGAUAGAGGAAAUAAGAGAAUCCUAUGGACGCAGAGAAAGUCUGCCCUUCGAGAAAGAGCCUAUGCCAUUAGAAGCGGACCCUUACACAUUUCCAUUUGGGUCUAAGGGUGAUAAAGAUGAAUUUGAUAAGACGUUGGAGUUUGAAAAGGAGAUGUCUAAAAAAGCUGACAAAGACAAAGUGAGUACUGUCAUCAGUGAUAAGAUCAAGGACAAAAAGAAAAAAGAGAAACAUAAGGAGAAAGUCAAAGAGGAGAAGCACAAGUACACAGAUGGCUUUGGAUCACUUAAACACUCCAAGGAGGAUAUCAAAUGUGGAAUGAAAGAGAGUCCUCAAAUUACCAAUUUGAAGGAAAGAUCAAAGGAAGACAGUCCCAAAUUUGAUGUGAAAAAAGAGAGAAACCGAGACUCUUUGGACAAAGACAGUAGGGCGGACCAUGUUAAGUCCAAGGUUAAAGAAGAAAAUGAAAAAGUAAUUCAGUCUAAAGACACAGCUCGCAAAGACAACCGUCCACGUUCAAAGCUUCUGGUUGAUGGGGAUCUCAGACUAACCAGCUUUGGGCAAAUGUUAGGCUUAAAAGACCAGGAGAUUGAAGAACGCCAUAAGAAGCAUAAGGAGAGGAUGAAGCAGAUGGAGAAACUAAGACACAGAUCAGGGGAUCCCAAACUUAGGGAUAAAACAAAGUCCACUGAGGAAAUAAAGAAAAAUCGCAAUGAACUAUCAUCCAAAAAAUCUAAUAGUUUAGAAUCUGCAUUGAAAGAGAAGAAGCUCAAAGAUAUUGGUCUCCCAGCCCAAAUUAUGGCUCCGGAAAGAAAGCCACAACCCAUUGACAUUCAAAAUUCAAAGGACUGGCUUGCAGGCCAUCAGAUGAAAGAAAAUCUCCCUGCCUCACCUAGGCAAGAUCAGAAUAGACCAACCGGUGUUCCCACCCCCACAUCUGUAAUCUCUUGUCCCAGCUAUGAGGAAAUCAUGCAGACGCCACGGACUCCAUCCUGCAGUGCAGAGGACUACCCUGAUAUAAUGUUUGAUGGGUUAGAUUGUCAGAACUCAUCAGCCAUGGCCAUGUCUAUGAAUGCCUGCUCCCCAUCCUUCUUUGACAGGUACUCCAACUCAUCACACACCUUCCAAGAAGGGACUUGUAUAACUCCGGCUAAGAAUCUCCAGUUGCCCCUUGUCAGUCGAUCGGCUUCGUCUGAUGUUAGAAGACCCCUGGAAGAUGAGUUCAAAGCUGAAGCUGGCAAGUUUCUACAACACAUUUUGCCAGACGCCUCUGAGUUUGACUUGGCAGCCUCCCAGCCUCCAGAAGACAAGGCAGCAUCAGUGGAGAGACUUGAAUGCCUGUCUCCUCCUUACUUCUCACCUAUUAGAAUGCUGUCUCCCGGGCUGGAACUUGCUGAACCUGCACUAGAUGGGGCCACCACGGCAAUGGCUGGCACAGAGACCUGUGAACACCUACCUGAGAGUGUCUACAACAACUUCCUGAUGAAGCCCUCAACGCCAGUCCACAGACCUGACCCACAGGAGCCAUGUCUGGACAUUGCUGCUCCACCCACCCCUGCACCUGCUGCUCUUCCUCCCCUGGAUAUUGAUGACCUUUCUGAGCCUCAUCAAAGUGAGCACAGUCUUAUUCCCUCUGACCCAGUCAGUGGCAGUGAGUAUCUGCCCCCUGUUGUGGAGGAGGAGGAAGAAGAGGACUACGAAGAGGGGGAGGAAGAAGAAGAAGAAGAAGAGGAGGAGGAAGGGGAUCUUGAAGAACCAACAGAUGCUGAUCAUCAUGCUGCUGAGGAGACGAGGGACGUCUGCUCAUUCUCUCCUCCAAGGGUUGAAGAGCCUUUGAGGAAGGGCUGGGCUGAAUCUCCUGAGAGAAGAGUUGCAGAGGUGCAUCAGUUGACUCCCCCACAUCCACCACCCAACCUGGUGGAGAACUCCAGUGAUCAUACCAUCAGCUGGAACUCUGAGAUGAUUUUGAAAUCUCCUCAAAGGACUUAUGGGGAAAUAGAGGCAGCUGUCUCCAAGAUAACCAGCCCCUUCUCGCAUUCAGACAGUGAUUUGCAGCACAUUACUGCCAUACCUGGCCAUCCAUCAGUGAUCCCUCCAUAUGCUGCUUACAGGUCUUAUGUACCUGACCCUGACUUUGACGAGCAAAAAGAGGCUGUGGAGGACAUUCCAAUUUCUCCAGCAAGACCUGAAAUGACACCCAUGGAAUUGGAACCAAACUACUUGACAACCACCUCAUCCUCCACAAGGUUAGAGUCUUUCUUCACAGACUGCAAGCCAAACUUGGAGGAUAAUCACCAGAUGGAAUCAGAGCUUUCUUGUGCAGUACAAGUCGGCAGACAAAACUCCCAUGGCUUUACUUCUGAGAGCCAUAUGCCUCUAGCAGUAAGCAACGAGCCAGUGGUGCCCUGGACAGACCCAUUCUCAGCUACAGUGGAUGAGCUGGAUGAUCUUGGCCCUUUCUCUCUACCUGACCUCCCUUCUCUCUCCCUCCCGACCUCCCUGCCAGACAAGGAGAUACCAGAGCUUGACAUCAUAGAUGCAGAGCCAGCCGACUACAAGCCACCAUCUGCUCAUAUAAGGCCUCCUGCUAUUGAAACAAUAGAGGGCGAAGAGCUUAUGGAGGUUGACCUGCCUAUCCUGGCCAAACCCCUGUGUCCUCCCGAGGUCCUAACACUCAAUGAUUCUGUGCAGGAUUUGGUUGUGCCCUCACCAAAACACAAUUUCCAAACAGAAUUUGAGUCUGAGCCUCAGAAUGUCCCUGAAAUUAACUUAGUGAAAACACAGGUCUUCGAAAACAGAGCCACAUAUGAAGAGACUGAUGAGAGCGAUGGAAACAUGUUCUCAGCUGUUGAUACAGACAAUACUCAGCAUCACAAGCAGAUGUCACUGACCGAGUCUUUAUCAGUUGUAAUUACUCCAUGUAUGGACUCCUUGACAACUGUUAAACCAGAACAAAGUGGGCAGGUAUCAGAUCCCAUUGUUGGGCCAACUUGCAGUCCAGUCCCCUCAGUUCCUCUGCCAGUUGCUGUCACGAUUUCUGGCACAGUCCAUGUUUCGGAGGCUCUUGAGACAACGUCUAAGCUCACGGUCACUCUGACAGCGUUGUCAACUGACCUUCCCAAGAAGGUGGAGGAGAUCCCACAGAGGAUGACCAGAAACAGGGCCCAGAUGCUGGCAAAACAGGAGAAUACCACCACCACCACCACAAAAAAGCAGAGUAGUAGAGUAGUAGCAGAGAGUACAACCACCACCACUAUACCUGCUAGCGUGAUACCUCCAUCUGUCCCUACCCCUGUCACCAUGAGCAUGGCUGUAACCACAACCACCCCUAUCCCCACCCCUACCUUUGUCCCCUUUGUUGUUCUGGAGAAAGAAAAGGAACUUGUCACCACCAUCUCCACCACACCAACCAUUACCCCGGCUCCCCCUCCGCCGCCUCCUGUAGUGGUCAGCAAAACUAAAGGGCGGCCUGUGGAGGAAGAGGAAUCCCAGACGCAGCAUCCACGCAAGAGGAAAUUCCCGAAACCGCAGGUUCAGCUGGUCAACACAGCCAUGCAGCAGACCAGGGAGAUGAUUCAACAGACGCUGGCUGUCAUUGUCAACGCCAUCAAACUGGAUGACAUAGAACCCUACCACAGUGACCGCUCCAACCCUUACUUCGAAUACCUGCAGAUACGGAAAAAAAUAGAGGAGAAGAGGAAGAUCUUGUGCUACAUCACACCACAGGCCCCUCAGUGCUACGCUGAGUACGUGACCUACACAGGCUCCUACCUGCUAGAUGGCAAGCCUCUCAGCAAGCUGCACAUCCCAGUGAUUGCUCCACCUCCAUCGUUAUCGGAGCCCCUGAAGGAGCUCUUUAGACAGCAGGAGGCAGUGAGGGGGAAGCUGAGACUGCAGCACAGCAUAGAGAGGGAAAAGCUUAUUGUCUCAUGUGAGCAAGAAGUACUGCGGGUCCAUUGCAGAGCGGCAAGGACGAUAGCCAAUCAGGCCGUCCCAUUUAGUGCCUGCACAAUGUUACUGGACUCUGAGGUGUACAACAUGCCAACAGAGAGUCAGGUGCGUCUGUGGGUGGUAAAAAAGGGUGAUGAGAACAAGUCAGUGAGAGAUCGCUUCAAUGCUCGCCAGUUCAUUUCCUGGAUCCAAGACGUGGAUGACAAAUAUGACCGCAUGAAGACGUGUCUGUUAAUGCGGCAGCAGCAUGAGGCAGCUGCCCUGAACGCAGUGCAGAGGAUGGAGUGGCAACUGAAGGUGCAGGAGCUGGACCCUGCUGUACACAAGUCUCUGUGCGUCAACGAGGUCCCCUCCUUCUACGUGCCAAUGGUUGACGUCAACGAUGACUUUGUGCUGUUGCCCGCGUGACAGAAACAUGCACUCGUUCACAGAGUUAGAGGUCAAAUAUCAUCACUUUUCAAAGAGACAUCAAACAGAACGUAUGGUAAGGGCUAGCCGGUUUGAAGAGGAAUAAAACCUAUAUAUUAUAUAGAACAAAUUCAAAGAAAGAAAAACUUGCUAAUGAUUCCCUUCCAUGAGAGGAGGAAGCAUCUUUUUACCGGGGAAAAACACAACUUGCACUUUCAUCCCUCAAGUUUUUAUGCUUUUGUUCAGAAUAUAAAAAGCAAAACGGCUUUGCUUUGAAGCAUCCAACACCACCUCCCUUUUAGGUGAUGUUUGGACAGAGAAUAGGGGAUAAGAUAUAGAAAUAUUUUUCUGAAUUUUUUUGUCCCCGUAAAAUCAAACAACAAAGGAACGCUGGAGAGGAGCCCUCCCACCAUUCUGGAUCAUCUCCUGGUGGAUGAGAAUGAGGCACUACGGUGGACACAGAGCUCCAGGUGAGCCUUGAGGAGGAGAACGCAGCACAGAAGGGCAUGCAUGUGCGAUGUGGUGGUGCAACAUGUGAUAUCUGCGGGACCUCCAGCCUCUUCCUGUUGAAAGGACAGGAGGGUCUGUGUGGACGCUGUCUCUCUGGUCGGGACCAUAAGGCCACACUCAGUCAGAGAGCUUCAGUCCCCUCUGUCCACAGCCCACCACCACACCCGGUAGAACCAGCAUCCUGCCCCGGAGCAGAGCAGAGUACAGCCAAGGGUCCAUAGUGUGUCGGGGGUUAAUGUCGGAGGGGAAGAGACGGCAUCUUCCGCAUCAUGGCCUGGGCAGAGGAGUGAGGCAGAGAAUGGGGAUGAACCGGAGCAUCCCCACUAGAGUCUGGUCACCUGGUUCUGCAUGCAGGAAGAACCAGCCUCGACACUCUGCCAAGAUAGGUAGAACACACACACGUUCACCUUUUAACUAUGACUGCAAAUGGAAAAACAGGAUAAAAGAAUAAUACAAGAAUGUUGCGAUUCAAGACUAAACAGAUGGUGGUUUAGAGGAGAAUAUUCUUCUUUUUGUCUUUCUUUACUUGGGCAUUUAAUUGUUUCUGAGGAAGUGACUUGAAACACUACAGAGCCAAUAUUAGUUUAAUGGGAAAAAAGAAAACUGAAAAAAAAUUGUAUUCCGUAAAUUAUGUACAGUUUUUAUAUUCGUUAACCAAUGUAUUCUUGCUGCCUUCUAGAUAAUUUAUUUUGCCACACAUUACUGCACAGUUGUAAAUAACGUAUGUACUGUAACAUCACUCAGUUAAGUGUAAAAAAAUAAAUGAAUAAAAAUUAUCUUUGUAUGUACAGUUCACUUUCGGGCAGCACUUUCCCCCUCAUACCCAUGGGCCAAAAUGUGUACACGUUGUCAGUAUUUUAAAGACUCCAGUGCACAGUUGUAAUGUUCCCAUCUAUAGGUUUUUGGCCAGGGCUGGUCAAAAUGAGUUACCUGUGUUGGAAUCACCACAACGUACAUAGGUAGUACAAAACCCCACCGUUUUGAACAAUGCCCAAACUAAGGGCCACAACUAUAGUCCUCAGAUGUAGCAAAAUGGUUAUAAAAGUAUUUAAAGAAUAGAAUAGUUAUAUUAGUCAUUGCUUUAUUACACAAUUAUAUCUGAAAAAAAUCUAAACCAAGAAAAUGCCUUUUUACAGUGAAUAUUUUUAUUUACUCAGUGUUGGGCAAGUCAAACAAGGGGACAUCUGGAUUGGUCAAGGAAGAAAUGCCACUAACAAGCAAAACCAUCACAUUAUUUUAUCAUUCUGGAUGGGAUUUUCUUUUUGUCUUCAUUUUUUAAAUUUCAUCUACCCAUUUAAUUUGACUUUAAUUGUAUGUGUGGGUCUUUAGGAAUAAUAUUCAUCAUGAUGUUGGAGAACUUCCAGGCCACAAGACUUGGGAUCUGACAGCCAACUCAAUAUUUGAAAUCCUUAACUUUCCUUUUUGAAUGUCACUGUCAUAGGCAUCAUUUACAGGUUAACCGUUUUUCAGGCCACAUCAGAUUGGCAUUGUUGUUCCUGGUCUCUUCCGUAUACCACCUAAAACUACUGAACUAAAGAAAUGUUUAGAAUCUUAAUUUUUAGCAAAGCUGUUUAUCCACAAGAUAAAGGCCACAUUCCAUAUUGGUUUUAAAAAUGUAUUCUUGCUUUAAUUAUGGAAUGUGUUAGCUUCCAAACUCCCUGGGUCCAUAUUUGCGAACAUAAGAUUUAUUUUUUUAAGUAAAAAAUGUUUGUCUCAAAAUGCACAUCAGCCAAUUGAAAUCGUUGACGUAGUUGCAUGUGAUAAAAUGCUCCAUGUUAGCUGUUCCCAUUACAUAACCUGACACAUUUAGCCCUAUGCUAACCUGACCCGAAGGCAGUGAUUAUGUCAGGUUACAAAUUCUGCAUCGGCCAAUUUCAAAUCUUGACUUCGAUGGAUGUAAUAGAACCCUUUUCCAUGAGAGCAUCCUUAACAGAUGUCAACCGGCACCAUCUGCUAAUUAAAGUUAUAAAAACACACAUGAAGUUUCAACUGGACCAAUAGCUCAAUGUAGCGAGCCUGGCUCCUGGUCAUUUUUGCCAUUUGCAACUGUCUGCCACUUCUCAGAAUGGUGCUUGUUGAACCUCAAAGCCUUUGGAGGUGAGGGGAGUUUAACAUAUGGAAUUGUUUUAAGAUGGUCAUACCGUGGAUUAUUUACCUAUUUGAUUUAGAAUUUUAGGACCCCUCUAGGUAUGAAAAAAUAUAUAAAAAAAUGAUUUGAUAAAAUAUUGAAUUUGGGCUUUACUACUAUGCUAUAGAAACAAAUUGAAUAACUGAUUCGUAAAUGGAAAAACAGACAGUAAAAAAUAAAAUAAAAAACUAUUCAUAAGGAUUAAGGUUUUGAAGUGUCUGUCCUAUAUCUAGGAGAUCAGGAAAUGUGUAUAUAUAUUUUUGGGGGACACAUAUUUAACCCCUUUUUUUUGGCACAAAACUACUUCCAUUUUUUUAUUUUUUAUUACCGAUACCGGGUUACAUGUCCCGUGACAGUUGUGGGGGUUGUAGAGCAAAACUAAAACCCCAUCGUGUUCUUGAUAGUCUCAUCUUCCCAUAGUGUGGUCAUAUUAGUUUGUAGGCCAACCAUUUGUACGCUACAGACAUUUUCGUGAGAAGACUGAUUUUCAAAAUGUCUCCUGGUCUGACAAACAGCGUUGUAGCUCUGCCACUUUCCACCGCAGAUGCGGAAGGCCGACAUGGUGGAUGCAGUGGAUUGAGAUGCAUCCCAUGCAAAACAACUUAUCUCUAGCUUAAAUUGACAGGUUUUGAUUUUGAUUUUUUUAGGUUAAUUAGAUUGUUGCACAGGUACGUUAAUAGACUUAAGGAUUUGAAUAAAGUUUAGAUCAAAGCUGAAUCAAUGUCUCGCAAGAUCACUUAAUGAUUCAUUAGUAUUCUACUUAGGCCUGACAUAUCAAAUAUAAUAGCAUAGUAUAAUGCUACUGUUAGACCAAAAACACCACUUAUUUUCUUUAGGCUACAACAUUGUAUAUGCAUUGUAAAAAGUCAUCCACAUCGUCACAUAUUAGUUAUUUGAAUCGAGCUUUGAGGACCACUAGUAAAGUUUUUUUCCUUAAAGGGGCAGUGCAGUCAAACAUCGUUUUCCUAUGUUUUAUAUAUAUUUCCACACUGAGGUUGGAAUAAUACAGACAUGACGGCUAUUUGACAAGACCAUAACGCUCUGACUUUUUUGGGCCAAUGUACGAUAAACUUAAAUGACCCAUAUAUUUUUUCCCCUGAAAGAACAUGGAUGUGUGUGAAACGGAUAAGCAAAAACGUGUGAUUUAUGUCAUAUAUGCGAAAACAUGCCUUUUGAAUUUUGUCCAAUGUGAGUAGCUAGUAGCAGCAUAGUCAAGGAUGUGUCAUGCAAUAUUGGGACGCUAUACUUUACAGACCAAGUUGAACAAAUGUAAACCUUGAAUUUGGAGGCUUAAAAUAUUCCUCUGGUGGCCAAGUUGAUCUAUAUUAAGUUAUGCCAUUGGUUGGUGGAUGUAAAGUCUGAGAUCUUUGAUAGGCUGAUGUGGAAUUUGUUACAGGAAAUAAUCACUGCCAACUGGUCAGGUUAGCAUAGGGCUAAAUGUGCCAGGUUAUGUAAUGUGCAACAGCUAACGUAGCGUUGUCAAAUGCAACUGUCAGCGAUUUGAAUUGGCUGAUGCAUAUUUUGAGACCGAGAAAGUUUAAACUCAAACUUUUUCUAAUGUUCGCAAGUAUGGACCCCCUCUAUUUAUCUAGUUUUGUACAGUAGUGGAGAUAAGUUUACAGUAUAAGGUGCUGCUCUUCGAAUACUCAAAGGGUGGGGCCAAAGUAAAGAUCAUACUCCUCUGUGUAACAUGGGUAAAUUGUUUCUUUGAUUUAAAAGAACUAGGUUUGACUUACAUGCCCAUGAAUGAGAUCUUUUUUUAAUUUGCCUUUUUAAUCAAAUUCCUUUUUUGUUAAAGUCAAUAAUCCUUUCUAUGACCAAUCACUCUAAAAGCGAGUUUCAUCAUAGUUUAUUCAGAACUAUUUAGUGGACAGUGAUAUUAACAGGCAGGUAGUUUGUUUCACUUUAGCUUCUCAAGUGUAGGUGUAUGUAUUUGUCAGGGGUAUCUGGAAGUUUUUAAUGUUCCGUUUGAUUCAUAUUCAGUAGGCCAUCAUACUUUGCUCUAUUGUGUUGUUUACCAUGCUAAGAGUAAGGCCUAGACUAUUAUAAAACUUUGACCUCCUCAAUUUCAUGAACCAAAAAGCAGACUAAGUUAACUCAUACACAAAGGGGGGAAGAAUGGUGAAAAAGUGAUAGUUAAGGAUGUUUCUGUUUUUUAUCCAAUUGGAAUAUUGAUUUGUGAGAAUUAAUUGUUUCCUUAUUUUUGGUUGCUCCUGAUUUUUUUUAUUUGAUUUUUAGAUUUUGUCUGUGGUCUGCACGUUCAUCCUAAUGGCAAUAUCAAGUGACAUUUUGUGACGUUAUGUACACACUUUCAACAUAGCUGUGUAUGAUGUGUCUAUUCAAGUGCAAUGGGUGUUGCUACUCCAGUGUACGGGCAGUUGACUAGUUGUAGUCCUGGACAUUUUGAAAGCGGAAAAUCUAGUCAUAAGGCAGUAAACGUAUAAAUAAAUGUCAUAGCACAGGUAGUCAGGGGCAUGUAGACUUCAGCAGUUUGAUUGAAGCCCUCAAUUUUUUAUUUGAUUUAGUUUUUUAGCGCUUUUUCUGCGGGGGAGAGGGAGUUUUGUCAACAGAAUCCUCGUGUGUUUUAGAUCAGAGUAUGUUGUGUUGGGUGUUGUCUUUUUGUCUUGGGUUUUUUCUUCUGUACGAAGCAUAAAACACCAGUGGCAUGUCAAUCACUUCUUAUGAGCAGAAUGUAUACCGUUACUACACCCCCACACCCUCAAUAUUGUUUACAAGACAUCAAGUGUGUUUCGGUUUCGUCUCUCACCUUAACGGUUUGAGCCCUGCCUUGAUUUCUUUAUUUCAUCAUUUAUUGAACCACAAAGGCUUGAAAUUGUGAUGGCUAAUUAGUGUCACGUCUAACCUCGGUAUUCAAAGCUUGCAGCAAACAUACAGAGCAAUAGUUUUAACCAUUCAAAUUAUUUUUCAUUUUAAUUUUUUUAUACAUUUGGUUGAUAAAGACAUCCCCUGUGAUUUUUGUCCAGACACCGGUGUCUCGUACUCGCGUCCAAAUAUUAUUUCCAAGACACACCAGUGAAGAAUAAUUUAUGUUAGGAAAUGUAACAAACACCGGUCUCAUUCCCAUCUCCCCCCUACAGUGAACCACUUGGCCAUGCCCUAGAUUACCCUGUGACCUCAUCAGUCUGCAACAAGUUACCUCUACUGUUCAUUUAAUAUUUGUUUAUUUUAACUGGACAUACUGUUAUUUUACAUAAUAGAAUCACAAUUUCAAGCCUUUUUCUAGUUUUCUUUAUUGAACAAGACAGUAGCUGAUUCUUUAGAAUGGGAAAUGACUAAUAAAGCAUGGAGAACUACUCUUUAAAUGGUGACAAAUAACCUAUUUAUUAUAUUUCUGACACCUGUGGUAUGUUUCAGUUAAAGGUCUCCGCUGUGUAAAUUUUCCUCCUGUAAUGCGUUGGAGACAUUGUACAUAGUUGUAAAUAAAUAUCCCAGGACGUUUUGCACCCUCCUCUUUGUACUAGUCUAAACUUGCGUAGAAUGUGGGGUUCUAACAGCAACGAGACAGUGCGCUCGCUGCAGGUGAUGUAACAAUGUAACUUUUUUUAUUUGUACAAUGUAGUUGAAUUGUGUACAUAUUGUUGGAGCAGCUAUGGGGGAAGGGCUUUGUUGAUGCUAUCGUCAGUGCUGUAAAAGAUCCAGUACUUUCACCUCUAGCUGUGUUGAUUUCCUGCAAAAACAAAGGCGAGAAAAUUUAAAAAAAAAUACUAAACUGAUAAGAAAAAUUCUAAAUUGAUAUUUUCUACAGUUGCAUGUACAGAGAGCGCGAGAACUGCUGUUGUUCCUCAGAGAUUAUGUUCGUAAAUAAAAUUUUGAAAUAUU